AUGUCCCUCUGGAACCCAGAUAACAUCCGCGACGUCGCCGAAUCCGUAGGCAUAAACGCCCUGAACGACGAUGUGAUCGAAAACCUCUCCCGCGACGUCGAAUACCGCAUCUCACAAGUGCUGGAAGAAGCUCUCAAGUUCAUGAGACAUGGCAAACGUACACUGCUCACUACACAAGACGUAUCGAAUGCGCUGAGGGUACUGGACGUCGAACCGCUAUACGGAUAUGAAUCUGCCCGGCCGCUGAAGUUCGGCGAGGCAACUAUUGGGCCAGGACAGCCUCUGUUCUACGUCGAGGACGAUGAAGUCGAUUUUGAGAAGCUGAUCAAUGCGCCGCUUCCCAAGGUGCCGAGGGAGAUUUCUUUUACUGCGCACUGGCUGGCCGUCGAGGGUGUUCAGCCUACUAUACCACAGAACCCUACGGCGGCGGACUCGCGACAUCUCGAACUAGUUUCCAAGGGCCCGAAUGCGAAUGCGAACCUUGCUGCUAUGAGCGGGAACGAGAAUGUGAGCGUCAAGCCACUGGUUAAACAUAUCCUGUCGAACGAGCUGCAGCUUUACUUUGAGAGAGUGUGCAAUGCCUUUCUGGACGAGUCGAACGAGGAGUUUCGGAAUUCUGCCUUUUCGAGCUUGAAGGAGGACCCGGGACUGCACCAGCUGGUCCCUUACUUUGUUCAAUUCAUGUCGGAGAAAGUUACGCAUAAUAUCAAGGAUAUCUUUGUGUUGACGCAGGUUAUGCAUAUGAUCGAGGCCUUGAUUAGGAACCCGACUUUAUACGUUGACCCCUACGUUGCACCAUUGAUACCGCCAGUGUUGACCUGCCUGAUUGGCCGCCAGCUGGGGAACAACAAUGAUGCAGUGGAACACUUUGCUCUCAGAGACCUCGCAUCCUCUCUCGUUGGCAUGAUCGCAAAGAAAUACUCACAUUCUUCGCACACUCUAAAGCCUCGCCUUGCCAGGACGUUCUUAAAAACAUUCCUCGACCCCGGCCAGACCUUCGGAGCCCACUACGGUGCCAUAAUAGGCUUACAGUCCAUCGGUGGCCCUAACGUCAUCCGCGAGCUGAUAAUUCCUAAUCUCCCCGUGUACGAAGUGGUGCUCAAGGACGCCGUCACCGACGAAGGGCUACGGAAAGCGGAGGCAGAGAAAGUGACCGGGGUGAUCAUUGCCGUGCUGUCAACCAUCCAGGAUGAGUCCCUAGCCCACACGAACGGCUAUUCCGAUGCCGCAGCGGAGGCCCUCAAUAAGGAACUCGCAGAGAAGGUUGGCGAGCUGAUUGCGUCGCGCAUUGUGGAGUCCGGACAGCUUCCACUAGCCAGGGCGAUCCUCGACAAGCAAUAA